AAAUUUUUUAUUUUUGGUUUAAACUUUUGGAUAAAUGAAUAUCUUAAAAUCUGCUGUUCGCUUCAGAAUUUAUAACCGGACCUGUACCAAGAAUUUCAGUUUGGUCCGUCUAAUCUACUGUGAGUUGUCCCAAGUAACACCACGUACAGCUCACAUCAACAAGAUAGUGUCAAGUGUGUCAAACACAAUCACACACAAAAAGGAAACAAAUCACAAUUCACCAAAACAUGAAGAUGAUAAGCCACCAACCCACAAGAUAAACGCCACGUGGAAGAUAGGAUUCCACAACAGUCUCACCUUUUAAUCUCUUCAUGCCAUUUCCACAAGCCAUAACCCACAGAGAAACCAAGAAACCUUCUCAAAUCCUCUAAAGAAAAGAAAUGGCCUCCACAGCUCUCUCAAGCGCCAUCGUCGGAACAUCCUUCCUCCGCCGUCAAACAUCUCCCAUCAGUCUCCGUUCCCUCCCCUUAGCCAACACUCAGACCCUCUUCGGUCUCAAGUCAGGAACCGCACGUGGUGGACGCGUCACAGCCAUGGCUACAUACAAGGUCAAGUUCAUCACACCAGAGGGAGAGCAAGAGGUUGAGUGCGACGACGACGUUUACGUCCUCGACGCUGCGGAGGAAGCAGGGAUCGACUUGCCUUACUCUUGCCGUGCCGGUUCUUGCUCGAGCUGUGCAGGUAAAGUUGUGUCUGGUUCUGUUGACCAGUCUGACCAGAGUUUCCUCGAUGAUGACCAGAUUGCUGAAGGGUUUGUUCUCACUUGUGCGGCUUAUCCAACUUCUGAUGUUACCAUUGAGACCCACAGAGAAGAUGACAUUGUUUAAGACAGAAAGCUCCAUAACAUGCUGCUUUUGAUGGUUUCACAAUCAUUCUUGUCUUUACAUUUUGGGUUGAGUUUGUUGUUACUUUAGUAUAAUCUAUAUUGUUGUCUGUUGUAAUUGUUCUUGGUUUGGACCAUCUUUUGGUUAGAUCAAUGGAUAACUGUUUAAAACU